UUGCGGAGGGGUGGAGGACAACCGGUUGAUGGCCGGCCAUUCAGAUGGACGAGUUUUCCAUUCGAGCGUGCGAGAUUUGGGAAGCGCUCGUGAGCGAGCAGAGACCAGAAGAGGACGACCAUCAUAUCGUCCUUCCAAGAACAGUGGAAACGGAGGCGGGUUCACCCCAUGCCCCAUUUCUUAGAGGGGGCGAAGACAGGAAAAGCGGAGGCGACAGGGCACGGCAAAAGGCGAGGGAAAGAAGAACAACCGGUGUUCAGGAGGGGCGCAAUUCAACCAUUUAUAACGAAAGCAGACACGAGGCAGGAAACGAGGGCAGGGGUGCAGCAGAAGGGGUCGGCGAAGGCCACAACGGUUUGAGGGACAGCAGGGGGGAAAGAAGCAGAGAAUAUGCCACGGAGGGGAGAACGGGGAUGACACCCGAGGCGGCUUCGGAUGAGAACUCACAACGAGGAAGGAGGGAUCCGGAUGUGGAUGGAGGAGCAGUUGGUGCGGGGCCUUCAACUGCGAACUCCUUACCGACGCUUGCAAAGUACGCUGUGACAUGGCUACCAAGCCAUGAUAACGAGCUGUCGACUUUAAACCAGCGCUGGGCCGCAACCACGGACGAGGCUCCCAUGUGUAACGGGAUCUCCAAGGACUUAACAUUCAUGGAGAAAGGGAGGGUGGCGUUCCGCAUCAAGAAGAAAAUCAACGAGAACCGGGGGGAAAAUGGAGAGUAUGUGUCGCUGAGGUCGUGGGUGCACUUGCCAGGGCAAAACGGUGCUAAAGUAUUCUUGCAAGCGGAGGCGGCGGGCAGAGAAGAGGGAGAAGAGGAGAGAGACUUCAAAUUAAAUAUUCUGAAGGAGCUCUAUCGUUUCCUACCGGGAUUCAAGAGUUGUUGGAAGCACCCCUACCUCAGGCUUAUCCSAGCAUCGARGACRCCCGAUAAGAAGCACGUGACGGUCCAUGUGGAGGGAGCAAUAGGAUUAGUCAUAUCGGAGAGGUGGAAAUGGUGUCCGAGAAUCAAUGAGGAGGUGAACGCAUUGAUAAGGGGUGAGGAGAACCCAUGGCCAUGGGAGUACAAGGAAGGGAAGGAAACCGAGGGAGAAAAAAUGAAGAGAACCACGCAUGCAAACAGGGUGCGAACGGAGGAGCGGGCACGGGGACAGAAGCGGGACAGGGAGGGUAGAAAUAGGAGCAGAAAUGUUCACGCACGGAUACCAAAUGAGGAAGAGGAUGAGGCAAAGGGGGAGCAAGAGCCUGCCGAUGGAACGACGAGCACAUCGGAGGAUGAGGAAGAGGAAGAGCGGGGGGAAGAAAUGGAGGAGGUGAGAAUGGAGGAAUAUGAAACGGCGGAUGAAGAGGAGUCGUCGAGCGAGGAGGAAGGGGAGGACAAAUGGGAAUCGGCAGAAGAGUCGGAUACGGAGAUGACAGACACCUCCGCGGAGGCACACGGAAGGGAAGCAGCGGAGCAGCUGGAGAUCAUGUCACACGGCGGGGGAGAGGGAGAGGGACGCGAAGAAAUUGAGGCCGCGAUAAUGGAGGAGGAAGAAAAAAAUGAUGAAGACGGGGAGUUUAGCGAAGAGGACACAAACAAGGAAAGCGAAAGAUGGGUGGAGGAGUAACAUGGAAGAUUAAGAGGUUUGUGGAGGAGGUGGAAUGUCGACAAAGAAGGCACCGGAUAAAGGUAGUAAGCGAGA